AUGGCCUCCACUCCAGGUUCCAGACACCGCCGCAAUGUCUCCUCCCGAUCUCGACCUCGCGCACCAACGAAAGGGCCGUUAGAGGUGGCUGAGGAUCCUCUUGGUGCUUCAGAGAAUCCUGGGUCGCCUCAGAGAUCGAAACCUCAAUCUCCAGUCAACACGAGCAAUGCUUCUCAUGCGCCCUCCCCCAGUCCAUUGGACCAAUUUGACGCUAUGCGCGCCGAGUUGGAUAGCAUCAUGACGACGCAGGACUCGCCUCCGUUCACAAAGGACCUAUCAUACCUUCUUCGUGCAGACAUGUAUCAUCCGCUCUCGCAGCUCGAUAUUCCGCCCGCCUUUCGCUCGUCGUUCUAUCAACCUCCUCCGGGAGAGCCUCUGUCUUCAUCCUUAAGCACCCUUAAUACGUUGUUAGCCCAGGGCCAUUUUCUUCUGGCUGCGCAUCUGUGUGGGACACUAUUGACGUCGCCUGCUAUUUCCCCGACGGAUCACAAGACAAUUUUUACUCUGUUCUACACCCGCUUGGCAUGUCUCGAGCUAACCGGGAACACCGUCUUCGCCGCACAGGAAUCGAAGGCCCUGGAAGAUCUAAGCUCCGCUUUUUACUAUGUGGAUGCGGAUUUUGAGACAGCAGAAGAGGGACAGAGCCGCAGCCAUAGAAGACAACCAAUUCACAUUGUACCGUGGCCACUACGCGUUCUCGCCGUCAGGUUACAAAGCAUUGGGUUCGGAGAUACGCGUCGAAGCGUGGCUGGAUUAUAUGAGCUUGGGCUCGAGGCGCGAAGAGAGAUAAUGCGGCCCGAUAUUGACGAUGCCAAAAAGCAGAUCUGGAAGGCAAGAUUGGCAGAUCUGGGAAUACGGAGUGUCAACGCGCUGAUCGAAAUGGGGGAUAUGGACGCCGCGAGACGGUCGUUGGACACCUUAAAGGGGAAAGGUGCUGACAACGACAGUAUGAGGAUGAGGAAGGUCCUAUUAUACUUGCGGAUUGGGGAUGUGGGAGCGGCGAAGGAAGUCCUGCAAGAAUCUAGUGGCCUGGACGAAGGCAUCCUGAAGCCUUUGAUAAAUAUGGCGGAGGGCCGUUUUGACGAUGCCGUCGCAGAGUGGAGAGCUUUGUUGGAAAAGAAUUCCAACACAUCGAGCGAGCCCAUGAUUGCGCAGAAUUUGGCCUCUCGUGCCCUUCUCGAGUCUCUCGUCUCUGCGAACCACUCCUUCCCAAGCCUGACAUUCAACCUAUCAACCAUCUACGAGCUCUGUUCGGAGAAGUCGCGAAACUUGAAGAUGCACCUUGCCGACGAGGUUGCGAAACAAACUCACUCGGGAGAAACAAACCUGGAUCGGUCAAAUGCAGACUUUAAGCUCUGA